AUGAUUGUAUUAAGCUGGAACUGCUGGGGUCUAGGUAACCCGAGUGUAGUUCCGAAUCUUAAAUACCUCAUCCGAAGAUAUAAACCGGAUGUAUUAUUUAUGUUUGAAACAAUAAGCUAUUCUAAUAAAGUUGAAGUUUUACGCUAUUCUUUGGGAUUUGAUUGUUGUUUUUCGGUUAAUCGUAUUGGUAGAAGUGGUGGCAUGGCUGUAUUUUGGAAAGAGCAUAAAAAAUGUUCUGUUCAGAAUUAUUCGAACAAUCAUAUUGACAUGUUAGUGGAAGAUUCCAUUCAUGGCAACUGGAGACUUACUAGCUUUUAUGGUUUUCCCGAGAAUUCUCGGAGAAGGGACUCGUGGAACCUUAUUCGCAACCUCUCUGAUAGUUCUAAUCUGCCUUGGUGCAUCAUCGGAGAUUUCAACGACAUUCUUUCCUGCAAUGAGAAAAAGGGCAGCAUUGAAAGACCAAAUUGGUUGAUCUCAGGUUUCCGACAAGCUGUUCAGGAUGCUGGGCUGAUAGACAUUCCUUUAGAAGGGUACCCAUUCACAUGGUUCAAAAGCCUGGGUACUGCCAGGGCAGUGGAAGAACGACUUGACAGAGCUAUGACUAAUACGAAUUGGAGCACCUUGUUUCCGAACGCGAAUCUGGAGUGCUUAACAGCAGCCUAUUCGGAUCACUAUCCGAUUCUUCUCAGCUGCUUCAAUGAUACGGUGCAUCAGAAUGUUAGGAAAAGUUUCAAGUUCGAAAAUGCUUGGCUUACGGAACCGGGAUUCAAAGAUUUUUUGCGUGAGAAAUGGCUUAACUGUGAACAUGACGAGAUUACUAAAAAGAUAGAAGUUUGCUGA